GGAACGGCCACCACGGUUGCCAGGCCAGGCCCGCCAGUGUGGGCCGGCCAAUUCUCCUCCUCCUGGGUGUGCCAGCCAAUCAGGCGCCUCCACAGCCCAGCCAAUCAGCUGGGCUGCCGGGAUGCAUUUUCCCCAGGCACACCUAGGAGAAAUAUAUAUAUAGAUGACUAGCAGACCUGGCGCAGAAUGUCUGCACCCUCUUCCCCCAGGCGUCUCUGAUGCCCGCCCGCCCUGCUCCCCCACCCCCACCCGUCCCCUCCCCUUCUGCCGCUGCCUCCUCACCCUGGCAGCUGGGCCUGCUGCUGCCUCCUCGCUGCUGCUGCCUCCCCAUCAAGGCUGGGCCUGCCACUGCCACCUCCUCGCCGAGGUUGGGCCUGCCGCCAUCUCCCCGCCGCGGCCAGGCCACUGCUACCAUCUCCCCGCUGCCGCCAUCUGCCCGCCGCCACCUCCACAACUUGCCCGGGCCCGUCACCGCCUCGCCUGCUUCUCUUCACUGCCAUGAGUCCGGCAAACAGCAGCCAACCAACGCCCAGCCAAUCAGAUGCCUUGCCACAUCCCUAUGCAUGGCUGGUGGCUGGCUAAGAGAAUUUUUGCACCCUCUUCCCCCAAGCAUCUCUGACGCCCACCCAGCCUGCUCCUCCCCUCCGGUUUCUAGCCAGCUUUCAAGCGGGCCCGUCCCCACCCUUCUGCUGCUGCCUCCUCGCUGCUGCUGCCUCCCCACCACAGCCAGGCCCACAGCAGCCAGGCCCGCCAUGGUUGGGCCUACCCCCGCUGUCUCUCCGCCGUGGCCGGGCCGCCCCCGAUGCCGCCACCUCCCCGCCACUGCUGCCGGGCCCACCGCAGCCACCUCCCCAACUUGGCCGGGCCCGUUACCGCCUCGCCUGUUUCUCCUCGCUGCCAUGAAUCCAGCGAACAGCAGCCAGCUGGCGCCUUGCCACAUCCCUACACAUGGCUUGUGGCUGGCUAAGAGAAUUUCUGUGCCCUCUCCCCCCCCCGGCAUCUCUGAUGCCCACCCGGCCCGAUCCCCCCUCCCUGGUUACUGGCCGUCCUGGCCCCUCCCCUUCUGCCACCGCCUGCUCACCCUGGCGGCCGGGCCGCUGCUGCUUCCUCGCUGCUGUUGCCUCCCCACUGCGGCCAGGUCCACCGCGACCGAGCCUGCCGCGGUGCCACCUCCCCGCCGCCACAGCUGGGCCCAUUGUCACCGCCUCCCCGCCACCACCGGGCCCGCCACCGCCUUCUCCCCAACUUGGCCGGGCCUGUCGCCGCCUCGCCUGCUUCUUCUUGCUGCCAUGAACAGCAGCCAACCGGCGCCCAGCCAAUGAGCAUUGAGAUCUGCCUUGAGGUAGGAUCUGGAUCUGGAGUAGUUUCAACUUUUCUGGCUUCAAUUGUUGGGCCCAAAGCAUUAUACAUGUGUACUGAUAUUAACCCAGUGGCUGGUGUGUGUACACUGGAGACGGCUACACACAGCAAUGUUGAACUUCAGCCCAUAAUUACUGAUUUGGUAACAGGAUUGUUGCCACGACUAUAUGGGAAAGUUGACCUGCUGCUAUUUAACCCACCAUAUGUUGUGACUCCUUCUGCUGAGAUGCAAAGUCAUGGAAUAGAAGCAGCCUGGGCUGGAGGUAAAAAUGGCAGAGAAGUUAUAGACAGACUUAUUCCCUUGGUGUCAGACUUGCUUUCUGCAAAAGGAUUAUUUUACUUGGUUACAAUUAAAGAAAAUAAUCCAGAUGAAAUUAUAGAAAUAUUGCAGAACUGUGGAUUAAGAGGGACCAAAGCACUUUCCAGACAAGCAGGAAGAGAGAACCUCUCAGUCCUUAAAUUCUGCAAGUCCUGAAAACCAGAUGGAAGACACUUUGUCAUCCAGGAGCCACCUUCUAAAAUACAAACAAAAUGCUAGAUUGUAAAACUAUAUGCUCAUCAUAAGUAGGGCUGCCACUUGGUUAAAGAAAUCCACGUAAAACCAAGAUUUGAGGAAACAAUAGAGUGAACGAGCACACUCAGUUGUUCCCUCUGCUAAUUGGGCAAAGAGGCACCUUUCACCAUGGUAGCUUUAUUCUGUUCAGCAGAGGGAGAGCAACUGUCCCUAUUCGAUCCAGCACACCAGCUGUUUGCUAGUGUUUCCUUGUAUCUCUUUAGGACAGGGAAUAAGUUUUUUAUUUGCUGUGUACACUGCUUUGAGAACCUUUGUUGUUAUUGAAAAGCAGUAUACAUACAAUAAUCAUAUUACACUCUAUCCACAUUGCAAGAUCAAAGGAGGACUGGUCCUCAUGUCAUGUUGCUUCUCUCCAGUAUCUAAUAUUCAGAACAAGAACGCCUCUUUAUAUUUCACUGCUUGCUGUCUGGUGGUUGAAGAAUGUAAGAACUGUCUUCCUGGGUCUGAGCAAGGGUGCAUCUAGUGCAGCAUCCCAAGAGGGCAAGCCAGAUGCUUCUGAGAAUCCCCACCCUAAAGAUCACUGGGCUCUUCCUUAAGAGCCAGUGGAAAAGAGCGGCUGGUGUGUUGGACUAUGACCAGAGUCAGUCAGGCUCAAAUCCUCUCUGGAGAACCUUGGGCCAGUCAUUCUCUGUCAGCCUAAUCUACCUCUCACUGCUGUUGUGUAAGGUGCUGAAGUCCUUGGAGAAAGCAUAGGAUAAAUAUGAAAUAAAAAAUUAAGGUACCUUGAUACUAGAAGCACCUUGUAGGGGUCUCUUUUCAUCACCCCUACAAGAGACUGGCAACUAAGGACUUCUCCAGACCAGCCCCCAUUAUGUUUUAUUUCAUUUUUCCCUUUCCUCAUCUUGAUAAUAAUCUUUGCCCGCUUGCUGUCCAUAUGCGUUUGUCCACCCCACAGUUGCAGAGAAAACACUGUUGUUAAGUGUUAAAUUUCUCCAACUGCAAUAACACACACAGAUAAGUUUGAUGCAGUUUGCUGGAAAAGGGUCAGUGGUCUGAAAUGAGACUUUCACUGGAGUGCAACAGGGCCAACGUUAAAAUGAGUUCAGGCUUUAUCCCGAGUCCAAACUAUCAUGUUUCAGGCUAUUCCAAAGUGAACCAGGUGUGUGUCCUUAUUUAAACUUGUUUCAUAUUGUUGCAUUCAAAGAAACCUUUUCCUCUUUUUUUCAAUCAUGUCUCCUAACCUGACAAGUGCUUUAUCUUUUCUUUGUAUAAAGAGCCUUCAUGCUAUUCUCUUUACGGAUUGGAGAUGGGACAAACAAAAGUACAUAUAAGCAGAAGCUUCUGCAUACCAUCAGUUUCCAGUUGACAUUUCAGAAUACCUUGCUUUUAUAGAUAUUUAUAUUAAAAAUAGCCUAUAAGUAUUUGUUGUGUACAGUUAUGUAAAUAUGGACCAGACUGAUCAUACAACAAGAUGUUUAUUUGUAAAUAAAGCUAAAAGUAGCUUUCACAGCUCAA